AUGUACGACUCUACGCCCUCACUCGACCUGCACCGUCUGAGUAGACAAAGCCUCCACGACAGAUACGAAUCAGACGAAGAGGCUGUCUCCGAAUCGGAUGCUGGCGGCCAUGACUUUUUUCCCUCGCUUGUCGGCUCCCAGCGAGCUGGUACUUUCGAUUCGGAUCUGAGUGCUGACGAGGCGUCCUCUCAGAUUGAUCCGGAUUCAGAUAGAGAGGAGCACCAUGACUUGCUCGCACCGGAGCCGCUAUCGACAACCAACAAGCGGUCACAGCCACAACCACGGCCCGUCUCGAUGGACACCCUGAAGCGCAACAGCAAUGCCACCUUUGGAGACGACGCCUACGUCUUUGACCCCGAAGAGGAUAUGGUCUUGGAGCUACCCUCUCCAGAAAGCACUCCAGCACUGGCAUCGAGCAUGUUCUUGAAGCCCUCGAUCUAUGUGGCACCCAACUCGAUACCCACCAACAAAUCUCGGUCCCGCUCGCCUUCCCCAUCAUCUAUAUUCUCCGUCGAGCAUGCGGAAAUCCAGACGGCCAAGACAGUCACCAUGAUGGAGCCUCCCACUCGACCAACAUUGGUCUUUAUCAACUCGCUGGGUACCCGCUCCAAGGGCUCGAGAUCGCGGUCGAAUAACUCUCGGACUCGGGCGAACCGCGAGUCUCGGAUAUAUCUCCCCAAAACCGAGAGCACAUUGGAAGUGCCCCGGCUGAUGGAUUCCAAACCCUCUCCGCGAGGCCUGGAUAGCAUGGCCUCGUCCGAGCGAGGUGGAUCAUCCGCCUGCUCCACACCCUCCAUGACUCCCCUACUGGAAGAUACGCAAUUACCUCCCGGAGCCACAAUUGCCAACGUCUCUGAGAUCCCGGUGGUUCCCUACAUCCCACCCUCACCACGUCUUCGACCUCAAUCCAUGUAUCGACCCCGACCACGCACAGCAGGCUCCGAGAAGCCCUUUCCACCGGCCUCGACCCGCCCCCGCCGGCCAACAGAUACACCCCCGCGCCCAGCCUCCAUCCGCAGCGACAGCAACAGCAGCGUGCCUUGCUACCGCGAUAUCUCCCGCCCGGUCUCUCCAUUCCGAGACGAUAUCCGACCAGGCUACAUCGCUGAUCACAACAGCGAUGCCGGCUCGCUGACCCGCACCUGCAGCCCAGCCUCAACAGCCUCGUCCCCGCCCUUUUCCAAGUGUGGUCCCACACACAGCUCUAAGGGCAGUGUCUCCAAUAUCCUAGCACACCGCUCCCCGAUGAUGCGCCGCGUGACCCGCAAACACUCUGCCUCUUCCAGCAUCCACUCAAUGAGCAGUCUCCGCUCGGAAAUGGACACAGCACCCACCGCCUCGGCCUCCUCCAGCCAGCCCGUCGUCAGCACGAUGAACUAUGACGCGCACGUCGUGCGCAAACCGAGUCAGCGCCGACAUGCCCGACAUAAUAGCUCUGCUCAUGCGGGUAAGGGAUUCAUGGGGAUCAAGUUUGGAAAGAGGGCUUUUACGAGAACCUAA